AUGCUCCUCCCUAACUAUAUAUUUAUUUACUUUCAUUCAUCCUUUUACGAUUUUUUUUCUUCUUUUUCAUUCAUCCAUUGCCCCUUUUUUCUGCUUCGUGCACUUGUUCAGUGCCAGGGUUCGUUGAUUUUUAGUUUGAUACUCUUCUCCCCCUCAUCUCUCUCUUACCCUCUCUCUUACCCCCUCUCUCUUUUACCCUCUCUCUCUCCCUCUCUCUCUCUGUCUCUCUCAGAAGGUUUCUUUCUUUUUCUUUCUUUCUUUCUGUACUUUUUCGUGUUUCCUGCUCUUUUAUUUUUCUUUCUUUCUUUUCUUUUUUCACUCUUUCCUACUCUCUCCCUUUUUCUCCGCCUUUCUUUCUUUCUCCCCUACCCUCUUUUCUAUUCUCUUCUUUCUCCUACUUUCUUUUCUAUUUUCUUUCUUUUCUAUGUUCUUUCUUUUUCUUUCUUUCUUUCUUUCUUUCUUUCUUUCUUUCUUUCUUUCUUUCUUUUCUAUUUACACUCUUUACUACUUUCUUCCUUUUUUUCCCCUAUUUCUUUCUUUCUUUCUUUCAUUCUUUCUUUCUUUCUUUCUUUCUUUCUUUCUUUUCUAUUUUCACUCUUUCCUACUUUCUCCCCCUUUUCUGCUAUUUCUUUCUUUCUUUCUUAUCUCCUACCCUCUUUUCUCUUCUCUUCUUUCUCCUACUUUCUUUUCUAUUGUCUUUCUUUCUUUCUUUCUUUCUUUCUUUCUUUCUUUCUUUCCUUCUUUCUUUCUUUCUUUCUUUAUCCUGAUGAGAAAAACUUCAUGCUGGAUCCUGUCGCGAACAAGGAGAUCGAUCGUGUUGUCAGUUUUGGCCAGGACGUCUCUGAGGUCCGCAAAGUAUCUAUGACCAAGCACCUGGCCUCUGAGAUUAUGUUUGGCGUCGUGGCCUCAGACGGGCAGAAGAUGCCGACUGUGUAG